AUGCACUUAGUGAUGCAAAGGAAUGGCCAUGUGCACAUGGCCGCAUUCGGUAGCCAAUUUUGUAUCAAGACGCCUCUCAGGCUGUCUAACAUUUGCGGACACCUUACUUUGCAUCAAGUACGGUCUGAAGCACUUGCGAUAACGGAUGCGGCGCAAAACACAUCUUUCAGGGGUUUCCCGAGAGAGAUGAGAGGUGCACCGCCGUGGAAUCAAGACUUCACCAAGAUAAAGAGGAGAGGUACGACGGUGGUAUACAAUGUCAACACAAUCCAUUUGCCUCCGAUGGCGAGCGGCCAAUCAAUUCUGAAUGCUGGUCACAUCGAGCGGAUGUUUAUCGCAUCCGCGAACCGGGCUAAGAACCUCGGGGCAUAUGCGCGGCGGACAACUCAUAUAGGCUAUCACCGGAACAAACGGAACACCUCGCACACGCGCGUGAUGGAGAAGCAUACCUUGGUGGGCGAAAUGUGCCCCUUCUGCUGCCCGGGCGUCGAAGCCAUUCCAGGAGUAGGCGACGAGGUAGCCUCCCGAGAGAUACCGUUAUGUAUACCACCAGGAGAUGUGCGCAGAGAUGAAGAACCGCCAGAGGAGGAAGACAAAAGCUUCUCGGGCAGGAAUCCGAGCCGUUUUGACGGGUGCGAUUCAGCGCUCGCAUGGCCAGCGCUCGCGUCUGCAUUGCUAGAACUGUUGGCGCUCUGCAGGAGUCCUACACGGGGUGUCUCGUCACCCUGGCUCGACGAGCGGCGGCGCGUCGGAUUGCGGCCGAAGAUAGAGCCAUCUUGGGAGGAUCGUCGAGUAUGGCCGCCCGCCAUCGCCCGCUGCCGUCUUCCAGGAGAUGAGCGUGGGCAAGGCCAACGUUGUGCUCGACAGGGGCAGACCGUUGAGUACGACAAAGAUGGUCGUCAGAAAGCGUACCGCCGUCGGCGGGGGCUAGGCUCGCAGGUACCCUUUACCGUUCUUGCUAUUGAGUCGUCUGCAGAUGACACCUGUGCUGCCGUGGUGACCUCGGACAGACAGAUUCUCUCUAAUGUUGUGGUGAGGCAGGACAGCUUCCAUGAAUCGUAUGGAGGUAUACACCCAUAUAUUGCUAUAGAGGCCCAUCAGCAGAACAUGCCAGGCGCGGUGCAGAAAGCACUACAGGUGGCUGGCAUGUCCGCAACCGACGUUGAUGGUAUUGCGUUUACGCGCGGGCCUGGUAUUGGGGGAUGUCUCAGCGUGGGCUCGAAUGCCGCAAAGACCCUCGCGGCAGCCCUGAACAAGCCGCUAGUCGGUGUACACCACAUGCAAGCGCAUGCGCUCACGCCCUUCCUCACAACGCCCGCUAACUCGCUUCCCACAUACCCCUUCCUCACGCUCCUCGUCUCCGGCGGGCACACCCUCCUUCUCCUCGCGACGUCCCCGCGCGCGUUCCGCGUGCUCGCGACGACGCUCGACGAGAGCAUCGGCCGCGCGUUCGACAAGGUCUCGCGUAUGCUCGCGCUCCCGUGGUCCGCACAUGGACCCGGCGCCGCGCUCGAGCAGUUCUGCAGGGACGGCCCUGCUGGAGGGACGGGCGCACCGGGCGGGGAGGAAAUUGGGAGCGGGGAGCCAGCGGAAGCACCACAUAUCCCGCUACCCAUGCGUGGCCGGCUCGCGUUCUCGUAUACCGGCCUGCAUUCGAGCGUCGAGCGCUUUCUGCACGCGCGAGGGGGUGUGGUGGACGCGCGCACGAAGCACGCGAUUGCUACGACGUUCCAGAAGAAUGCUGUCGGCCAGCUGGAGGAGAAGCUAGCCCUGGGCCUGCAGCUCUGUCGGCGGAAGGGUAUCCAGAUCCGCCAUGUCGUUGUCAGUGGCGGGGUAGCGAGCAACUCUUAUCUAAGGGAGAGACUGCGUAUAUGCUUGGACGAAGCGAGCCCAGACGAGCACAUAGCACUUAUCUUCCCGCCGCCGUCGCUAUGCACCGAUAACGCCGUCAUGAUUGCCUGGGCCUCGAUGCACCGCUUCCUUGCUGGAGACACCGAUGACUACACCGUCGAGCUCCGUCGCAAGUGGAGCAUAGAGGAGCUGGACCCUUCCGCUCCUGCAAUACUUGAUGAAUAA